AUGGCUCCCAAAGUAUUCAUCACUGGCGCUACUGGCUACAUCGGCGGUGACGGUUUGUUCGCCAUUGCCAGCGCCCAUCCCGAUUGGCAAUUCUCUGCUCUAGUCCGCAGUCAGGAAAAAUCUGCCCAGGUCACCAGCAAAUAUCCACAGAUUCGCACCGUGAUCGGUGACCUGGACUCAUCUGAUUUGAUUGAAGAGGAAGUGAAGAAUGCCGACAUCGUCUUCCACUUCGCCGAUUGUGAUCAUGUUGCCGCGGCGAAGGCCAUUGCUAAGGGCGCUCAGCAUCACGCACCCGAACGUCCAUUGUGGCUAAUCCACACCUCCGGCACAGGUAUCUUGACAAUCGAGGACCAACGCGCGGGUACAUACGGCAUCGAGCGCCCUAAGCAGUACAAUGAUUGGGAAGGUGUGAGCGAGCUUAUCAACCUCCCUUCGGAUGCUUUCCACCGUAACGUGGACGAGAUCAUCCUCGGCACUGGCCUGCAAAACUCCGCCAGUGUGAAGGUCGCAGUCGUCUGCCCACCUACUAUCUACGGCCCCGGUCGUGGACCUGGAAAUACCAAGAGUAUCCAAGCAUACCUUCUCAGCGCCGCUGUACUCAAGCGUAAGCAGGGCUUUCUUGUUGGUAAGGGCGAGAAUGUCUGGCACCAGGUCCACGUUCAGGACCUGAGCGAUGUUUACUUGGCUUUGGGUGAGGCUGCCUCUGAGGGUGGUGGCAAGGCUACUUGGAACGACGAGGGUUACUACCUCGCUGAGAAUGGGUCUUUUGUUUGGGGUGAUAUCCAAAGGGCGGUUGCGCAGUCUGCCUUUGAGAAGAAGCUUAUUUCGAGUCCUGAUGUUGAAUCUUUAGAUGCAGCUCAGACCACAGAGGUGUUUGUUGCUGGAAAAUAUGCUUGGGGAUCUAACUCCCGUGGUAUAUCGCUGCGUGCCCGCAAGCUGUUCGGUUGGAACCCUCAGAAGCCUAAGUUGAUUGAGCUCAUUCCUGAGAUUGUCGAGAAUGAGGCUAAGGCUCUUGGACUGCUGUGA